AUGAAUCGGGGAAACUUUCUUGAACUUUUACACUAUACAGCUGAGCAAAAUGAAGAAUAUAGAUUAGUAGCAUCGGAGAAUGCUCCUGGACAUGACAAAUUGAUUGCUCCUAGUAUCCAAAAAGAUAUAAUCAAUGCAUUUGCAGUUGAAACCAUCAACAAACUAAUUAGUGAUCUUGGAGAUGUUUUUUUUUCUAUACUAGUUGAGGAAGCUCGUGAUGGAUCCAACAAAGAGCAGAUGGCAAUUAUCUUACGUUAUGUAAAUAAAAGAGGAUGUGUUGUUGAGUGUCUAUUGAGCAUUAUGCAUGUCACAGAUACGACUGCUUUGACACUAAAGAUGGGAAUCAAAACAUUGUUCUCUAAAUACAAUUUGAGCAUAUCAAGAUUACAUGGACAAGGUUAUGAUGGUGCGAGUAAUAUGCGAGGUCAGUUUAAUGGGUUAAAAGCACUUAUAUUGAAAGAUAAUGAAUAUGCCUUCUAUGUUCAUUGUUUUGCUCACCAACUUCAACUAGCACUUGUAGCUGUGGCAAAAAAGGAUACAAAUAUUGAGAGACUUUUUUUGAAAGUUUCUUGUGUGAUAAAUAUUGUUGGAUGGUCACCUAGAUGUAGGGAUCUUCUUAAUGAGAAACAAGCUUUGAAAGUGAAAAAAGCUAUUGAAAGUGGUGAGCUUUCAACAAGGCAAGAUUUGCAACUAUCAGAGCUUAACAGUCGUUUUAAUGAAGGUAAUACAAAAUUACUUAUUUGCAUGGCCUCUCUAAAUCCAAGUGAUUGCUUUCAAGCAUUUGAUAAGGGAAAAUUAGUUCGUUUUGCUCAAUUUUAUCCACUUGAAUUUUCUUCUAUUGAUCUUAUGGCAUUUGAACUUCAACUUGAUAAUUACAUUAAUGAUAUGCGCUCAAAUAGUGAUUUUUCAGAACUAAAUGAUAUUACUAGUCUUGCUCAGAAAAUGGUUGAGAAGAAGAAGCAUCUUAUUUACUCAUUGGUAUAUUUGCUCAUCACAUUGGCUUUAACCUUACUAGUUGCAACUGCAAGUGUAGAAAGGGCAUUUUCUGCUAUGAAAAUUGUGAAGACUCAUUUACGCAAUUGGAUGGGAGAUCAAUUCUUGAAUGAUAGCCUAAUUCCAUAUGUUGAGAAAGAUAUGUUUGACAGUGUUGAUAAGGAGAUGGUCAUGCAACGAUUCCUCAAUAUGAAGCCCCGUCGAGGACAAUAG